UUCCAUGCUUGCUGGUGGUGGCUCCCCUUCCUGGGUCCUGAGCUCAGGUGUGACAGGCUCUGCCUUCUGUGGCCUCUGCCCUGCCGCAGUAGGUGGGAGCCUUGAGGAAGAGGGAAUGGCUCCUGUGCUGAGACCCAGGCCCAGAAAGGAAUCAGUCACAUUCAAGGAUGUGGCUGUGGAAUUCACCCGAGAAGAGUGGGUACAAUUGAACCCAUCUCAGAAAAAGUUGUACAGGGAUGUGAUGCUGGAGAACUAUAGGAACUUGGUGUCUUUGGGAUUUGCAGAUUCCAAACCAGAUGUGAUCUAUCAGUUGGAAAAAAAGGCAGCAUCUUGGAUGCCAGAGGCGGAUGUUCCCAGAAGCAACUGUCCAGAGAGCAGAGAAUUUACUGGAGAUAAACCUCCUAGUGAAUGUGGGAAGGCCCUGUGGAGCAAGGAGCAUCUUGCUGUACAUCAGAAAAUUCAUAUUGGAGAGAAACCUUAUGAAUGUAGUGAAUGUCAGAAAGCCUUCAGGGGCAUUUGACAACAUGGCUGAAA